AGACAUCUUACAAUAUGGUGCCUACAACGUUCCUCUGUUUGUGCGUUGUCUCUGCCGCUGCUGGUGGUGGACCUUACAAUCGUGUUUGGCACAUUGGAUCCAAACGGAAAGACAUCAUGGCACGGGAGCGUAGGCUUCUGAGCUCUAGAGUCAGCGCCUGCGUGGACGACUUCACAAUCCGCCCAUUGAGUGGAAUCUGCAACAACCUCAACAACCCUGGAUGGGGAGCGCCUCUACAGGACCUGAGGAGACUCAUCGCCCCAGACUAUGAUGACGGUAAAGGUACCCCUCGUUUCGAUGGCCUGCCAAGUCCUCGGGCGGUCAGUACGGGUUGUUUCUCCGUCGACAGUGACAGUACACUGGAGCCCAGCAUCAACGCGCUAGUCAUGCAGUGGGGACAGUUCAUGGCUCACGACUACGUUGGGACGCCCAAGUUUAAAACAAAGAAUUGCUGCUCCGGCAUCGAUGCUGACGGCAAACACCCGGACAUUGACACAGAUGGAACGUGCUUCCCAAUCGCCAUACCGUCCGGUGACCGCCACUUUAACGAUUGCAUACCAUUCACCCGAUCUGAACCCUCCACACUCUCCACGGACCACAGGGAGCAGAUGAACAUGCUCACGUCCUACAUUGACGGCAAUACCGUCUACGGGGGUUCAGUGGAGGAGAACGACCAACUGAGGACGAAAUCAGGAGGGUUGAUGGCCACCGCCGCUGGGAGCGACAACCUACCCCCCUCUGACACCAUGACCUGCGCCAAGAGACCCGGCUACAGCUGUCUGAAUGCUGGCGACUUUCGAGCCAACUCCUUCCCGGGUCUAGCUGCCAUGCAUACAUUAUGGGUGCGGGAACACAACAGACUUGCAGUCGGUCUUGCAGCCGAGAACGCCAACUGGAACGACGAGAGGCUCUUCCAGGAAGCUCGCAAGAUCGUCAUCGCCUCCCUUCAGCGCAUCACCUAUAACGACUGGCUUGUGAAGGUGCUUGGGCAAACCUACUUCGACGCUUUCAACCUCGGAGCUACAUAUUCCUAUGCUGAUACAGUUAACCCGGGAUUGAUCAACAGCUUUGGCACUGCAGCUAACAGAUUUGGCCACUCACAGAUUCGCGCCAAGUACAGAAUGACGGGCGAUGAUGUGGACACCAACGUCGAGGACAUGAUAAUGGACCCUUCGUAUGUCACUGAUGGAUUCAAGGAAGUCCUUGAGGGUCUACUUGACGCCCAGAACCAGAAAACUGACGACAAGUUCCCUCUGGGUUUGACGGAUCAUCUGCUGGAGAACGUCAAGAAACCAGGCGAUGCACGAGACUUGAUCUCAUUUAACAUACAGCGAGGUCGGGACCAUGGCCUACCUCCUUAUGCUGAGUUCCAGGCGAAGGCAGUACAAUUUGCCAUCGAUAAAAAAUUGCCUACUCCGACCGCAGCUGAUCUUUCAUGCGGCAAUUCACUUUACACGAGCACCGAUGACGCCGACCUCUAUGUUGGGGCCAUCAAGGAGGAGCACGUAUCAGGGGGACUUGUCGGACCCACGUUUGCCUACAUAAUGGGUCAGCAGUACAGUGACAUUCGGUUCGGGGAUCGAUUCUGGCACGAGACCACCAACACAACUAUUGGCUUUACUACAGAGCAACUGGCGGAGAUCCGCAAGGUGAACUUUGCUCGGGUGAUCUGUGUUAACGCGGCCAUUGCCACUAUCCAAAAGGACGCCUUCAAAAUCCCGAGCUCAGGAUCUAACGACGAGGUCUCCUGCCACAGCCUUGAUGAUAUCGAUCUCUCCAAGUGGGCGGAGUAACCCAUGGAGAUGUGUCCACCGUCAAGCAUGUCGAACUCUCAUGAAAUAAAACAGUUCACUGCCUGAAAUAAACUUUUCUUCACUAUGCCUUAGACAAACGGACCACGAGGCCAAUAUCAACCUAUUUCGAACAUCACCUCUUUACGAAACCCAAACUUUCUAUUGUUGAUUUCAGAUGUAUUACUGAUAAAAAGUAAGGAUAAAACACGUCGUUCGCUUUAAAAGGAAUAUUGCUUAUAUUGUAUCAAGUUGUG